AUCAAUAGUCAAUCAAUCGUAUUUAAUACUAUAUCACUGAACUUUAUUUCGUCAUCAAAUAAAUUUGUUGUUUUUACAGUUUCCCGCCUCUUUCAUCAUUGUUAAUUCAUACAAAUGUGCAUUCAUAUUGUCAAAUAACCAUGACAAUACUUUUACGCUGUUGAUUACACGAUUAUUAAUGUAAAAUACGUUUAGUCAGUUGGCCAACAAUUUUAUUAAAAAGUAUAAUCACGAUGUUAAAGAGUGCUUCAAAAGUAACAAUAAACACUGGAAAUGUGUUAAAUUUAAUAGAUAUCAAGAAAAAGGCUGGACAAAAUGUUACAGAAGAGUUGUCAGAAAGCAUUAAACUAACGCUGUCCGAAUGGAACUCGCAAAAUGGCUUGCCAGUCCAGAACGGAUCGUCCCCGGAUAAACAAGCCCAGGAUUCAAGGCAGCAGUCAGAUUACGUGGUAGUAUCUACAUCGACUCCCAGGGAGGCAGUUGUGAAUAUAACAAGGCCGCAUGAUGAUGUGCAGAACAAAAUGGCUGAAGAGGAACGGAAGAAUCUGAAGAUUGGCGUUAAGAUAUUCAUAAAUGAAGACAGCACUAGCUCCCUAACCGAGUGUUUGGAAAAUGUAUUCACGGCACUCCCCACUGAGUACAUAGACAACGUGAUCCUGGCUUACAACCCCGAUUUAUUGCACCUCAGUGAAGCAUCCGAUGACAAAUUGAAGAGUUCACACGCCACCAAGGCAUCGCCCAUCUCGCUUGGUAGCAACGUAGUGCGCAUACCCAGCACAGAGAUGGAGGCCGAUAGUGAGGCUGACGCGCGGAAAUGCGAGGCAAUAUUGCCCGGCAUCAAAGUGCUAUGGGCGGUCCUGGAGGAUUAUGUCGAAAGAGGGCGCGUCCAUCAGCUGGGCGUAGCGGACGUAGGAGGCGGUUGUCUUCGGCGACUUCACGCGUGGGCGCACGUGCGGCCAUCCAUAGCUCAGAUCAACCUGGCCUCGUGCUGCGUGGUGCCGCCGGCACUACAUGAGUUCUGUCGCACCAACGACGUCCAAUUACUCACGCACGGUGACCCGCCAGAUCUUCUGUCUAUAGCAGCUGUGAAGACACUUUCGGAAGCUGGAGUGGGCUGUGACAAUUUGGACUGGUGUGCGCGGUACCAAGUCCAUAUUAAAUGUAGAGGCGUCUUGGCACUCAAAGGAUAUGUUUGUAAGGCAACCCUGGGCAACAAGGACCAUGCCAUCCAGUAGGGAGAUUGGGGUGAAUUUACAUAAUAUAAUAAGUUAAAAAAUGUGAACUGUAAAAUUAAAUAAAAAAGAAAAUAUUUAU